GCGGCACAGCAAUGGAAACGUAACAUGACGCCUCCGUUCGUCUGUACCGCCCUGCCCCAAAGUUAAAGGCCUAUAACUAGCCCACUACAGCACAAUUAUCUGCUAUAUGAAGUGAAUAAAAUGCCCGGAGGAAUGGAGAACCCGGCGCAAAACGAAACGAGAAAAGUUUGCUGCGCUUGGGGAAAACUCGAGUCGCCUUCGGCAUGAGUCUCCACAGCAUUUGGCCCUUGAUAAAGAUGCUGGAUCAGGACUAAAAUAAAGACAUCGCGAUGGGCAACGAGGACAGCCUGGAGGAUACUUUUGUGGCUGUCGUUCGCCCAAAAAGUCAAGUCAGUUUGAGCUCCAAGGAGUACAGAGCCAAAGCCUAUGAGAUCCUUCUGAUUGAAGUGCCUCUGGAAGGAAAAGAAAAGAAACGAAAGAAAGUCCUGUUGGCGACUAAGAUCCAAACAGGAGGCGACAAGUCCAAGUCUAUUUUGGAUUAUGUUGAUGAAACUGUGAAAACUAUGGCCAACACUCAAGGCUUUGUAGGAAAGAGAGUGGUGCAUAUGAAGAAAUUCCCCCUGGACGGGGACAAUGAAGGACGAGAAGCUUCAUUAUUUGUAGUGCCAGCCAGUGUUAAAGACAACAGCAAACCUGUUUACAACGCUGGAAGUCCCAACUUCUACUGCCUCCAGGACAUCAUGAGAGUCUGCAGUGAGACCAGCACACACUUCUGUCCAAUGACCUCCAAGAUGCUCCUCGCUUUAGACAAGUGGUUAGCAGAGCAGCACACAGUACCUCAUGCCAUCCCUGCCUUGUUUAGACCCGCACCAAUGGAGCGGGUUAAGACCAAUGUAAAUAACCCGGCCUAUAGUAUUGAGGGGAAGCUGAGUGAGGAGGGCCUGCACAUGGGGUACACCGCGCUGGAGAUCAAGAGCAAAAUGAUGUCUCUGGAAAAGGCCGAAAUGUGCAUUCUCAACCCACUGUACGGCUCAGACCUGCAGUACACCAACAGGGUAGAUAAAGUCAUAAUCAACCCAUAUUUUGGACUUGGAGCUCCAGAUUACUCCAAGAUCCAGAUCCCAAAAAGAGAGAAGUGGCCCCAUCCCAACUGUGUGUCAGAAGACAAGGAGCGUCAGUGGGUGGAUGACUUCCCUCUCCACCGCAGCGCUUGUGAAGGAGAUACCACUCUCCUCUCUAAACUUAUCGACAGUGGAUUUUCAGUCAAACAACUGGACAGUGACCAUUGGGCCCCUAUUCACUAUGCAUGCUGGCAUGGCAAAGUUGAAGCCACCAAACUUUUGUUGGAAAAAGGGAACUGUAAUCCGAACUUGCUUAACGGUCAACUUAGCUCCCCUCUGCACUUUGCUGCGAGAGGAGGCCACGCUGAAAUCGUGCAACUCCUCCUACAACAUCCUGAGAUCGACCGGCACAUAGAGGACCAGCAGAAAAAGACACCUCUUCAAGUCUGUGAGGAAAAUAAACAGAACGAAUGGGAGGAAACAGUGAAACUGCUGCAGCAAGCUAACACCAAACCUUAUGAGAAGGUGCGCAUCUAUCGCAUGGAUGGCUCAUAUCGGUCCGUGGAGCUCAAACAUGGGAAUAACACCACAGUGCAGCAGAUCAUGGAGGGAAUGAGGCUUUCCCAGGAAACUCAGCAGUACUUCACUAUCUGGAUCUGCUCCGAGAAUCUACAUCUACAGUUAAAGCCAUACCACAAGCCUCUGCAGCACCUCAGAAUCUGGAGCGAGAUCGUCAACGACCUCACGGUGCUCGACCCCCAAAGAGAGACCCCUCAGCUUUUCCUCCGCCGAGACGUCCGACUGCCACUAGACGCAGAGAAAAAGGUGGAAGACCCAUUGGCCAUCCUCAUUCUGUUUGAUGAGGCUCGUCACAGUCUUUUAAAAGGGUUUUAUCCUGCUCCAGACAGCAAACUCAUCACACUGGCCAGUCUCCUGCUGCAGAUUAUCUAUGGCAACUACGAAAGCAAGAAGCACAAGCAGGGCUUCCUCAAUGAGGAAAAUCUAAAAUCAAUUGUGCCGAUUUCUAAAGUUAAAAGCAAAGCCUACCAUUGGACCAACAGGAUUCUGCAUGAAUAUAAGGCUCUUAGCACGAGUGAGGGAGUGAGCAAAGAGAUGCAUCACCUGCAGAGGCUCUUCCUGCAAAAUUGUUGGGACAUCCCCACAUAUGGAGCUGCUUUCUUCACAGGGCAGGUCUACACCAAAGCCAGCGCCAGCAGCCACAAGUGCAUCCGCGUCUAUGUGGGGGUCAACACCAAGGGCCUGCACCUCAUGAACAUGGAGACCAAGGUGCUUCUGAUCAGUUUGGAAUAUGGGACUUUCAUGUGGCAGCUGGGACAUGCAGACCAGUAUUUUCAGAUUCACAGUGGAGAAAACAAAAUGAACUUUAUAGUGCACACUAAACAGGCUGGUCUUAUUGUGAAGCUCUUAAUGAAACUCAGUGGACAGAUAACCCCAAAUGAUAAAGUUCAGACUUCAGACAAAUACACUUUUGGUUAAACUGCCUCAGAAUCCUUCACAGCUGCCAAACACCAGCUCUUUUUAUACUCACGUCUUUAACUGCAAUAACAGGAUGAAGACCAAAAGAUGGACUGCCUACUUUUGUAUACAAGUAUAUCUGUCACAUUUUACUGAGACACAUAUUUUUGUUGUUUGUAAAUAUGUUUAUUUAAUGUUUUGUUUAAAUAAAGGGACGCAAUUUGUGAAUAAAAUGUACCAAUAUUU